AUGUCAUCGACUGCAGACAUCCAUGGCACUCCUGUCCGAAAUGGGCACAAUGGUCACCAUCACCAUCACAAUCGCAAUCGCAGUCGCAGUCGCAGCAACCGCAACAACCGCACCCUCUACCACGAAAAACACCAGAGGAGUCACCUAAGUGAUUUCCAAAAACAUCUUGUAGCGGCAUCGGGAGAGUUUGCGGGUACAUUUCUGUUCUUGUAUUUUGCCUAUGCUGGAAACAUCGUUGCCGUCCUCCAAGAGCCCAUGGCUGCCCGCGAUGGCUCGUUGGCCAACAGCACUCUCAUGUAUAUUGCCAUGGCGUAUGGCUUUUCACUCCUGGUAAAUGUUUGGGCCUUCUUCCGGAUCAGUGGCGGACUUUUCAAUCCCGCUGUCACCUUUGGUCUAUGUCUUGCUGGCCAACUCCCAUGGAUCAGAGCUUUAUUCUUAUUUCCAGCCCAGAUCAUUGCAGCCAUGUGCGCAGGUGGUCUUGUUGACGCUAUGUUCCCUGGCAACGCAUCAUUGGCAAACACUGUACUUGGACCGAACACUUCAGUGGUCCAAGGAGUCUUCCUUGAGAUGUUCUUCACUGCACAGCUGACCUUUGUUGUUUUGAUGCUGGCUGCAGAGAAAUCUCGCGAUACAUUCUUGGCUCCUGUUGGUAUUGGCCUGGCUCUGUUUGUGGCCCUAAUUCCAGGUGUUUUUGUGACUGGAGGCUCAGCCAAUCCUGUUCGAUCUUUUGGUUGUGCUGUUGGUGCUAGAGAGUUUCCUAGCUACCACUGGAUCUAUUGGAUAGGCCCCCUUCUUGGUGCCGCUCUUGCUGCUGGUUAUUUCCGACUGGUCAAGUUGAUGCAUUACGAAGAAGCCAACCCCGGCCAAGACUCACCAGUUGAUGUUUGA